CAACGGCAAGAUCUAGUUCACUAAACUCAAAAAUAUUGUCCAACACUGCCAGCUUGACGUUUUUGUUAUUACAUAAAAAUAUUGUGCAGAUUAUUGGAUUUGCACUCAAAUAUUUCAACAAAUCGAGCGUAUGGCCGCAUUAAUAAGGAAUCUGAGUGCCAGAAUUGCCACGGUCGCUUUGACGGCCCGGCAUGUGGCACCCGCUGGAACAGCUGCUUUGCGUUUGGCGAGCACUGCGCCCGUCGAUGCUAAGGCACCCGAGAAACCAACGGUGCGCAAACCAGAUGCAGUAGCUCGCAGCCAUCUUUCUGACUUUGGUCGCUAUGUGGCCGAGUGCCUGCCCAAGUAUGUGCAGAAAGUGCAAUUGACCGCUGGGGAUGAAUUGGAAGUGCUCAUAGCACCUGAGGGCAUUGUGCCGGUGCUGCAGUUCCUUAAGGAUCACCAUCAGGCACAGUUUACCAACCUGAUCGAUAUUGCUGGCAUGGAUGUGCCCUGCCGUAAAUAUCGCUUUGAGGUUAUCUACAAUUUGUUGUCGUUGCGCUACAACUCACGCAUUCGUGUGAAGACCUACACAGAUGAGCUGACGCCUUUGGACUCGGCCUGUGAGGUCCACAAGGCUGCCAACUGGUAUGAGCGUGAGAUUUGGGAUAUGUACGGUGUGUUCUUUGCCAAUCAUCCGGAUCUGCGUCGCAUUUUGACCGAUUACGGCUUCGAGGGACAUCCACAGCGUCGCGACUUUCCGUUGUCGGGUUAUGUGGAGCUGCGCUAUGAUGAUGAGAAGAAACGCGUUGUCUGCGAACCCUUGGAGUUGGCUCAGGAGUUCCGCAAGUUUGAUUUGGCGGCCCCAUGGGAACAGUUUCCGAAUUUCCGUAAUGCAAAUCCCCCCAGCUGAGGCCGUCGAGGCUCCAGCAGCUAAGAAGUAAAAUCUUCUACGUAUAGAAUGGUGAGAGAUUGCGUUACUAGAUACAAAGAAUGGUAUCAAUAAAAACGAUAUGUAGAACUUGUAAAAUUAAAAA